CGAAUAUUUUCCGUUUUCAGGAAUAUCGAACCCUGCAGCUCUACCGUCGGAGGGUUUUCUCACUUUUUAUUCCGGCAUUGAAACACGAGUUGACUCCCGAGUUAUAUCAACACGAAAUCGAUGGCCAGGAAACGAAAACGAUCGCUCUUGGAGCAAGUGAUAAACUCACCGGCAGAGAAAGAACAAAGUACUAGUCCUAAGCUCACCAAGUACUGGCUCCAACGCUACGACCUCUUCUCUCGAUAUGACGAAGGUAUCCAGAUGGAUGAAGAAGGAUGGUACUCUGUUACCCCCGAGAAAAUCGCAGUCAAACAAGCAGAGAGAUGCCGCGGGAAAGUGGUAAUCGAUUGUUUCUCAGGCGUUGGUGGCAACACAAUCCAAUUUGCUAAAGUAUGUUCUUCAGUAAUUGCUAUAGACAUUGAUCCUGUGAAGGUCGAAAUGGCUAUUAACAACGCAAUGGUUUAUGGGGUUGAUGACCGUGUUGAUUAUGUCGUUGGUGAUUUCAUUCACUUAGCUCCAUCUCUCAAAGGAGAUGUAUUGUUUCUUUCACCACCAUGGGGAGGACCAAUGUAUAACAAAGUUGAGAUUUACACACUGGACAUGCUCCAACCAAAAGACGGGUACAAAUUGUUUCAGAUUGCUCAAACCAUUACGCCUAACAUCAUAAUGUUUCUACCCCGAAAUGUCGAUUUAGCACAAUUGGAAGAACUUGCUUGGCUCUCCUCGCCUCCUCUAACUCUUGUGAUAGAAGAAAACUGUGUUGGAGGAAGAAUUAAAGGCAUAACGGCUUAUUUUAGUUGCAGUGCGGUUUAGUUGAGGAAGUUGGGACUAUUAUUGCAUCAAAGGACUUAUCUAUCUCUAUGCAUCAAGCUGUAGAGGAGUUGCUCAUUCAUCAUAUGUUUUUGCAACCUUGUAAUUUUUUUUGGAGAGUUUUUUUUGUUUGUUUGUAUAAUCCUGAUUUCUAUUUCUAAGGACACAUAAAUCUAAUUCUAUCUUAACAUU